CGGGGAACCUGCUCAGAGGAUGAGAGACAAGCAGACCGUGAACAGACAGAGAGCUUUCUGGACCGGUCCGUCCUCCUUCGCCUGUUUUAGUGUUCUGUGGUGUCCAGGUGUUUUAUAGUAAUAAGCAUGGCGACCUCGUCCAGCGCACAGUUGAGUAAACUGGUCAAGCGCCAGUAUAUGGAGCUUCCACAAGGAGAAAAGGUGCAGGCCAUGUACAUCUGGAUAGAUGGGACUGGAGAGGCACUGAGAUGCAAGACCAGAACGCUGGACUCUGAGCCUAAAAGCGUUGAAGAUCUCCCUGAGUGGAAUUUUGAUGGUUCCAGCACCUACCAGUCUGAAGGCUCCAACAGCGACAUGUAUCUGGUUCCUUGUGCCAUGUUCAGGGACCCUUUCCGCAAAGACCCCAACAAGCUAGUCCUGUGUGAGGUGCUGAAGUAUAACCGCAAGCCUACUGAAACCAACCAUCGUAUCACCUGCAAGAAGAUCAUGCAGAUGGUGGAGGAGCAAAGCCCUUGGUUUGGAAUGGAGCAGGAGUACACCAUCUUGGGCACAGAUGGACACCCCUUUGGAUGGCCCUCCAAUGGCUUUCCUGGACCACAAGGACCCUACUACUGUGGAGUUGGGGCAGAUAAGGCCUAUGGCAGAGAUAUUGUUGAAGCCCACUAUAGAGCCUGCCUGUACGCUGGGGUGAAGAUUUGUGGCACGAAUGCUGAAGUCAUGCCUGCUCAGUGGGAGUUCCAGGUGGGCCCUUGUGAAGGCAUUGAAAUGGGAGAUCACCUGUGGGCAGCUCGCUUCAUUCUGCACAGAGUCUGCGAAGACUUCGGUGUGGUGGCCUCGUUUGACCCCAAGCCCAUCCCUGGCAACUGGAACGGCGCCGGCUGCCACACUAACUUUAGCACUAAGGAGAUGCGGGAAGAAGGCGGACUGAAAUACAUUGAGGAGUCCAUUGAGCGGCUUGGAAAGAGGCACAAUUAUCACAUCCGGGCCUAUGACCCUAAAGGUGGGCUGGACAACGCUCGCCGUCUCACCGGCCACCACGAGACCUCCAACAUCCACGAGUUUUCCGCCGGCGUGGCUAACCGUGGUGCUAGCAUCCGCAUCCCUCGCUCUGUGGGCCAAGAGAAAAAGGGGUACUUCGAGGAUCGCCGUCCAUCCGCCAACUGCGACCCAUACGCUGUCACUCAGGCGCUAAUACGCACGUGUCUGCUUAACGAAGAAGGAGACGAACCUGUGGACUAUUAGAUCUCUCACUCUCUCACGAUCUUUCACAUUCUCUGUUCUGGACUGAACCCCCACCUUUCCACCCCUUUCCUUUCCCUUUUUAAACUGGCUGUGAGGCCAGAUUAGUACUGUAUGUUUUCUCUCAUCAGAAUGGCUCUAACUGCAUUUUAAAUAGUUUUUAAGAAGUUGGCUGGUCAACUUAACAUUUUAGGAUAAAACUUGAUGUUAACUGGGGACGUGAUGUUGCAGGGCAUAUCUGACCCUUCUUCUGUCUCUUCUUUCUGUUGUGCUCUGUGGAGUGGAUGGUUUAACAUUUUGGCGUUAACCCCUGUUUCGACAUAAACGCCCUUGUUAAUGUUUUUAAAAAUGGACUAAAAUGACAAAUGGACACUAUGAACACUAGAGCUGCUAUGACUCGGCAACACAUGUAAUUUUCCUUAACUUGUAGCCACUUUUCUCUACUCAUGUAUGUUUGCUUAAUGUUCCAGCUAUGUAAUGUUUCAUUGUUACUAACUAAAUAGAAGCUGUUUUUUUUUCGAAUUAUGUUGUCUGUUCUGAACUUUGCUGGUUCUUUAUUGUACGGUACAUGCUCUACAGUGAGGGUCCAAAAAUUGUCCUGCUUACUACACGUUGGUCUAUUGUAUACCACUUGUUUUUAAAAAAAGACUCAUCAAGGAUUUUGAUCCAUUGUCUACUGUUAUGGCAUCUGUUUUGGUAAAAUCCUGAAGUUGCUGAACCUGGUGUUUUUUAUUGAGACAUUUUAAACAUUAUUUUUACCACAAA